UCCUAGCGAGCUGAACGAGUGACACUGACACUGCUAGUGGGUUUUCGUCACCCCGCUCGAUUCCAAUCGUCUCCCUUUCUCCAUCGCUAUACGAACGACCUUAUCAUUGACAUCUUGUCAAUGAAAGCUUCUGUUUAGCUUCGAGGUUUCCAGGCAUUGCUCGUCAUGUUCCUUCCCCUUUUCUUUAUCCAUUUGAACAUCAGAAGCAGCAACGUCGAUUAGCGUCUCUGAAGGCAAAUGCAUCUUUCAUUCGGCCACAAAAGAGGUCUCCAAAACUGUCUUCACGUGAGCUGUUGAGAUCAGCAUGGCCUCAGAAAUUCCAGGGCAGGACGAACAAGUGGUGGAAUCCAAUAACGUAAAAAGUAUUCUCCUCGAGUUACAAGAGCUGCAUAGACUUGCUGUGCCCAAACUUCUGAUCAACAUUGUGAUCUACGUGCAGACUUUUGUAUCUGUAUAUUUCCUGGGGAUGCUUGGGCAAAAAGAACUGGCUGCAGGUUCGUUUGCAGUGGGCUUUGCCAACAUCUUUGGCUACUCAAUCUUGACCGGGUUAGCUCAGGGCAUAGAAUCAAUAUGCGGACAGAGUUUUGGCGGAGCCAAGUUGCCACUUCUCGGCCUGGCAUUGCAGCGAAUGCUGAUUAUCAUGAUGCUCUGCUCUGCGUUUUUGUGCUUACUAUGGACAAACGUGGUGAGCCUGCUCUCCGCCUUCCCAGGAAUCGACCUCGACAUGCUGAACUCAGCUCAGACUUACCUGAACUACUCAAGGCCAGAUCUAUUCGCCAAGUCCCUACUUCUCCCCCUGGAAAUAUUUCUACGGUCUCAGCAGCUGACACAGCCAGUGAUGUACACCACAACCUUCUCAGCGCUGCUUCAUCUGCCCAUAAAUUUCCUGCUGCUUUAUAGAUUCGAUAUGGGGCUGAGAGGAGUGGCACUGGCCAUGUCCUUGACAGACUUCAUCCACAUAGGCCUCCUGUCCCUCUACUUACAAUGGUCUGGAAUCUGUCGACGUACUUGGAUGCGCCUGGACUGGAAGGUGGUCACGAGCCUGGGGCCCAUGCUCAAACUUGCAUUGAACAGCUGCAUAGCCGUAGCCAUCGAAUGGUGGUGGUACGAAAUAAUCCUCUUGAGUGCCAGCUUUCUUCCCUACUCUGAGGCGUCAGUGGCCAGCAUGGGGAUACUCAUUCGCUUGACGGCGCUUACUUAUAUGCUUCCCUCCUCUCUGGCGGCGGCAGUUUCCACGAGAAUUGGCAAUGAGCUUGGUGCUAAUAAGCCGGAUCAAGCUCGCAUCGCCACUUUGGCCGCCACUGCUUAUUCCUUCCUCUGGGCUUUUGUGGCGUGCAGCUUCAUCAUUGCGAUGCGGAACAGCUGGGGACUUUGGUUCACAAAAGAUGCGACGAGUCUUGAUUUGACUUCCAAAGCGUUGCCCGUUCUGGGUCUGUGUGAGAUUGGCAACUACCCGCAGACAGUUGCGUAUGGAAUUCUGAUGGGCAGCUCGAGACCCGAUGUGUCGGUCAAGAUCUACUUUGUGGCUUUCUAUCUGGUCGGCUUGCCAACUGCCAUGAUUCUGGCGUUCUACUUCGGAGUGGGACUCGUUGGCUUCUGGUACGGGUUACUGGCAGCUCAGAUCACAUGCGCAGCUCUCAUGCUGUAUGUGGUCCUUCGCACCAGCUGGGUCGAGCAAGCACAUCAAACUCAAGCCAGACUUAUGGCGUCAGAGUGUUCUCAUCUGCUACUGCCGCAGGAUCAAAACGCACUGCUCCUGGCGUGACGUGCACUGCACUGCACUUCACUGCCCUGCCUUGCCUUCUGCUAGGCCACAUCACGUGAGAAACUGGGUUUCAUGUUCAUGAUUUUGUGUGAAGGAUCUUGCGUUUAUCAGCUUCUUGCUUACUUCAGUUGGAGCAACUGACCUCUCAUACCAUCCCACUUUCACUGCCAGCAGAUGCGAUAGCAGACAUGCUUCAGUGUACAUAGCACACAUAAGUGACUUGCAAGUAUUUCUUGUGAUAUUACGAAAGAUUUAAGAUCAAUUUGUAAGAGAAUUUAUCGAAGGAUUGCAGCCAUAGGAAUGACUUCUCGAUACCACAUCUCGCUGGAUUCGUCACCAGGAUUGCAUACACCUAUCCAUGAAUGUCAUGUUUUUUUUUUAAAAAAAGUUAUUGAAUUCUACAGAUUUAUAGCUUCCU